CCAUGGCAUUUGCAUUUUGAAAGCAACUUAUUUAUUACUUCGUCCCUUUAUUACUUUUUAUUCAUUUUCAUAAAAGUGUUGUAGUCACAAUGGAAAAUAUGUUCAUAUGGAAUAUUUAAUACAUGGACAUUGUCAAUUAGAUGCUUGUCUGUAUUCAAACUUGUAUAGGACAGGGUACUUUUCUGUGAAAAAAAAAACAGAAUUUUAUGCCUCUCAGAUAUAGUCCAUAGAUAUAGUCUUUUUACUCAUGCAAUUUGAUAUUCUUAGGGGCUAGCAACAUAUUGCCCUGAUUAUUCAAGAUUCCUAAGAUAUAAUCAACUGUUUGGUAAAUACAUUUUAAUAAAUUUCUGUGGUUUGCUUUAUGACUUUUACAACUUAUGGCAAAAGUAUUUCUGUUAUUCUGAGGAGAUACAAGACAACAAGAAUAGCAAAAUGCUUGUCUUAAAUGCAUUUUGCUCCAUUUUAACACCCCCGUCUAGACAGGUAGACAUGGUGUUAUUUUGUUUGUGUUUUUAUGCCAGAGGUUGUUUUCAUUAUGGCAUCUGUCAAAUAUUGCAUGGAUUUAAAGAUAUAGACAUACUAUUUGGCAUUAGCUUUUGCAUUUGUUGCAAUAUGUGUGAAAUCUUCCUUUCCUGGUGGUUAAUGAGUUUUUGUUUUAUCUACAAAGUCAUCUUGGUUCAGGUACACUAGAAUCUACACACACUCUUUACUUGACUGAGAGAAAAGUCUAUUCACUUGCUUAAUCUCUCACAUUGCCUGUCUCCUGUUGCAUUUAGUGCAUUGCAUACAUUAUUGCUUUUCUUUAAUAUUAGAGUGCAGAAUAGCAAACCCCUAACCCUUUCUCUACUUUAAUUGAAGCAACUUUGUUUUUAGUUAGCUUUUUAAUAUUAAUGGCUCAGCAUUAAAUUUAUAGACUAAACAUUCAAAUAGUGCACUCAGAUCACUCAUCUCUUUGUUUUAAUCUCUUAAAAUGAGAUGAAAUUUCAAAUAUUUCUUUUUAUUUCAUCAGUGGAAUAUCAUCUAUGUCUUGAAUCUGUAUUUCCAUUACAUUUACAAUCUUAAAUUAUCUGUUCCUUUAGAGUCUAAUUCUAUUACUGCUUAUGUUUUCAAUGAAGAAAACUUCUAGGAGUUAAGGGCAAACCACCAUAAGAUGAAAUGCCCAGACAGGAUUACUUUAAGGCUACCAUGUUAAAUCCUCCCCUUUAAGAUGUGUGCCACUGAAGAUCUAUGAACUUUGUUAUUAAGCAGAUCAACCAAGUCAGACAAGGAUGAUGUUGUUGAGAUAUCUUCAGAUGAUGAUUCUGAUAAAAUCUCAGCAAACCCUACUGAUGUCCAAGAACCUAUGGACCUCACUGCCCCUAAACCUGACAGUGACAUGAGUAAUCCCACAGAGGAGAAGCCAAACGACACUAAACUUGGUAUUGUUAAGGAAAAACCUGAUGAGGGUGUCAAAAAGGGUGACACCUUAGCAGAUAAGGAGGGUGUGGUAAAAGAGGGCUCAGAUUCUGAUGAGUGCAUCUCCCAGGAGGACAUGCUUGCUAAGCUAGGGCUGAGCUCUGUCAAAUCCAAGAAAAAGGAAUCAAUGUCCAAUGGUGUGGAUAAAAGACCACUGAUUCCUCACAAGCCUAAAGAGAGCAUUGUGGACUUCUUGAGGGCACCGAAACUUAAAAACACUGAACCCCCCAAGCAAAAGCUCAAUGGAGAUGCUGCAAUUGUUAUAAAUGGGGUGAACAGUGAUGAGUCCAACCCAGGGACACCUGAGGUUGUGGAUGAAGACGAACUGGAGGAUGACAAUGAACUCCAGGCGAAGGAGCAGUUGAUUGAGGAAUUGAGACAAGAAUUACGGAAUGAAGAAGCUAAGCUUAUGCUUCUGAAGAGGCUACAGGCUGCCCAAAAUGACACAUCUAGAAACACCUCAAAGUACCAGAAAGAGAAAGAGAACGAGAAACUGCUGUCGUCCAUGCAGUUUUCCACCAAGUCUGUUGGGCAGCUUCCAUCAAAGAAAGGACAAGGUCUUCCUCCCCCACCCCCCCUAAAGACGCAUGUCACAACAGCUGGAACUUACCAGCCCCCAAUUGCUAUCCAACCCAAACUUCUUCCAAAGGUUGGAGUUCAACAGUCACAGCAUGCUUCAAGCCUAAACACUGCCAAACAACCAAGUACUGUUCAGAGUAUCAAGGGGUCUGCAGCCUCUCCCUGCACUGGCACAUCUGCUAUUAAAGACUUGCAGAAUGUCAUUAGCUCAAUGAGCACCAACCUGAUUCACCCUACGCCUCUCUAUAUGCGUACAGGUAACCAGGCAUCUGUUUACACAGCAUCAAGUCAGUCCAGCCCUGUCAGACCUACCCCGGUACGGGCUAACUCCUCUACUGGCGCAUCUUCUUCCUCUCCUUCUGGCUACUCUAGUUUCCCUGCACAUGGUUCUACUGGCCCCAACAAGGCUUCCCUUUCCCAGGCAAUGAGUGCAGGGAAACAAGCAGCAGCCAAGAUGGCGCUUCGCAAACAGCUGGAGAAGACAUUACUGCAGAUUCCACCACCCAAACCACCACCGCCAGAGUGGUCCUUCCUCCCAAGUCUCAACAGCACGGAGUUUAUGACUCUUGUAGGCUUUGAGAUGGUUGUUGAUGUGCUCGCCCAUAAAAAGUCGGUAACAGGCGGCUCAGAACUUUCUAGUCCCUCACUGUGUGGUCAGUGUGGAACUGAUUUUACUCCUGGUUGGAAGGCAAAGCCAAAGAAUAAGGAAGGAGUCUUAAUGUGCGAAAAGUGCAGCACUGUGAAUGUCAAAAAGGAGUUGAAGGCAGAGCACACUGCUCGGCUGAAGGCUGCGUUUCUGAAAGCUUUAAAGCAGGAGCAAGAGAUAGAGCAAAAGAUGGGUGAGGUUACCCCGAUUGCACCUAAACCCCAGUCGCAAAAGGGUUCAAGCUCGUCAAGUAGCUCAGGGCACCAACACCACCAUGUGUCUCACUCCCAGGGUAUCCUCCACCGCCAUCACCAGCACGUUCAGCCAGGCAUCUACCACCAUCACGGACAACAACACUCUGACUCUCUGUUAUUUCAGCUACAGCAGCAGCACAUACAACAACAACAACAGGAGUUGGAGGUAGCACGGCACCAGGCAGACAUCAGGUGGCACCCUUACCUGAACACCCAACAUCACCACUCACACAAACCACAGCACCACCACAGUUAUGUAUCUGAUUCAGAUCGGCAGUAUUUACUGGACAUGAUUCCGUCGCUACCUGCACAGUCUCUUGGGUACAGCUCAAGUAGGAUAUAGCCUGUUUGCCAUGAAGCAGGAUAUAGCCUGUUUGCCAUGAAGCAGGAUGUAGCCUGUCUGUUUGCCAUGAAGUAGUUAACUUAAGUUUACAUUGUACUUUGAUAAAUGAUAAGGAGCUCGUAAAGAUUAGGUUGCAUUGGAGAUGGCCUAGUAUGCAGCUCUGGUACUUUGUAAUUUGAAUAGUAUGGUAAAUAUGCUCCUUAUUUGGGUGUGGAAUGCCACUAUUGUUUGAUCAACAAGACAGCACUUGUUUUAACAUAAAAACGUAUUGGUUAGACAAUAAGCAGACUACACAAGUGAGAGGCUUUAAUCUUUGUUCAGGCUAUGUUGAGGAUAUCUCCUGUGUUCCAGAGCUUUUCUUAGGUUCUCUUAAUAGUGUAGCCUUGUCAUUGACGACAUCCCUGGUGUAAGUGUGUAGUUACUCCACUAUUAGGAUGAGCCGUUAUCUCAGAAUUAGCUAUCCAAAAAGGUAGAAAAAGUACUUUAACAAAGAUAUAGAUGGAGUUAAUGUUAAUAGAAUAUAAUUGAAAGACAACUAUGGUAUUUUGUGUAAACAAUAACAGCUGCAUAUAAAUGUGCAGUCUUAACAGUUACAAGCAUUCUCAAUAAUGUUUCUACUGAGCAUAUUUCAGCUGGUCUAUUUCUCAUUGAAAAUUAUAUUUUAUACCUUGGCAAAACAAAAUUUCCAAUUUAUUUGGCUCUACUAAAAUAUGCAAUAUCCUAUUUUAGGUAUUUUCAACCUAUUUAGAUUUAACCUGUUCAGUGACACCUUGGUGUUGAAAUUAGCAAUUGCUAUGGUUCAUGGCUGUUGUCUUGUUUUUUGUUUUUUUUUAUGACUGUUUGCAAGCUGGGACCAGAGUGAGGGAGUUCAUCCCCCCCAUCCCCUUCUGUUUCAUUCCAGCUUGAAUGCAGUCAUCAAAGGCAAGAUAGCAUCUAUGAACUGUAACAAUCACUAAUUUCAACAGUAACUAGAAGCUUCACAUUCUUCUUUUCGUUUGCCUUAAAACAGCAAAAUUUAUAUCUGCUUCAUCCCAUAUAAGAUAUUUUGCCUUAAGCAGUCACUCAUCAGUCACUUUUUGUUACAGAGGCUAAUGCAAUAAAUCUUUACAAAUACAACUUUCAAAAAUGGAAAUAUUGUCAAUAAUGUUUAAAUAUAGUGAUUUUCAUCCAAUUGUGAAACAGGAAUUGCACAAUUAGAUCCUAAAGGGCCUAGAGACUUUUUUUCAUAGUCUGAUGAAAACUUCUCUAAUUUCAACUUGAAUAUGACAAAAAAGCAUAUGAUCUCCAACAUUGAAAUUGAUAAAGACUUUUAAAGCUCUUGGUUGUGAAGUGAUUGUUGCAUAUGUAAAUAUGUAGCAUCUAAAAGUAACCUUUGUACAAAUCACUCCCUGAUAUUGCUUCUCCUAUCACAAUAUUAUUUAUUAACAGAUAGAGUUAUAUUCUAUUCUGCAGCUGGUUGCAAUGAGGAAAUAAAGUCAUCAGAAAAUCCCUGGUUA